AUGAGGAAAUUAAAAUAUCAUGAGCAGAAAUUAUUGAAGAAAGUAAAUUUUUAUGACUGGAAGAGGACGAAUAAUGUAAGAGAAGUAAAAGUAUUAAGAAAAUAUGUAAUACAAAACAGAGAAGACUAUACAAAAUAUAAUAAAAUAUGUGGAUAUAUAACCAAGUUAGUAUCAAAAUUAAGAUUAUUACCAGAAAAUGAUGAAUUCCGCAUAAAAAUGACAGAUGAAUUAUUAGAUAAAUUAUAUGAUAUGGGUUUAAUUAAUUAUAAAUCUAGUCUAGCUGAAUGUGAAAAAAUAACUGUUUCAUCUUUUUGUAGGAGACGUCUAGCUGUCUUACUGUUCAGGUUAAAAUUUGUUCAAACAAUUAAGCUAGCCAUAACAUAUAUUCAACAUGGAAAUAUAAGAAUUGGAAAUAACGUAAUAAAUAAUCCUUCUUUUCAUAUAAAUAGAAAUAUGGAAGAUCAUAUAAAAUGGGCAGAUGGAUCAAAAAUAUUAAAACACAUACAAAAACAUAAAGAAAGUAAAGAUGAUUAUGAGUUGUUAGGAAAUUAA